AUGGCGGCCUCCAUUCGGGUGAGGUUGCGGCCGUGCGGCCGGGCACUGCAGCUGCACACCGCGGCCGAGGUCGCCGCUCCCGCGGCCUCGGCGGCGCGGUACCCGCCGGUGGGCUCGCUCACGGCCAAAAGCCAGGCGGCCCGGCAGCGUCGGGUGGACCGGUGGCACCAGGAGGCGCACGACGCGCCCUCAGUGGAAGCGAAGCUGCGCGUGCUCACGAAGCUGCAGCGCCUCAAGUACGUCGUGUAUCCGCAGACCUUCGCCCUCAAUGCAGACCGCUGGUACCAGAGCUUCACCAAGACCGUCUACCUGAGCGGCCUGCCCCUGCCCCCCCCCGGCCCGGGCGAGCCCGGCGGCCCGGCCGACCUGGCCCCGCUGCGCUCGGCCGUGUGCGACUGCCUCCUGCAGGAGCACUUCCACCUGAAACGCAAGAAGUGGGCCCCGCUCUACCAGCAGCAGGAGUUCGUGGCCUCGCCCCUCCUCCAGCAGCUCGUGGCCUCACUGACCGGCCUGUUGAUCCCCCACAACCCAAGCCUCGCCGCCGCAGCCCUAGACUUUAAACGUCCAGUUCACUUUUACUGGUGGCGUGGUGAAGAAAUUAUUCCAAAAGGUCAUCGUCGAGGUAGAGUUGAUGCAUUACGAUACCAGAUAGAUGAUAAACCACAUAGCCAGAUUCGUAUACCAAAACAACUUUCAGAGUUUGUGCCAUUGGAUUACUCUAUUCCAAUAGAAAUUCCUGUUCUGAAUUGUAAACCAGACAAACUUCCAUUAUUCAGACGACAGUAUGAAAAUAACAUAUUUAUAGGGACAAAAUUAGCAGAUCCAUGCUGUUAUGGCCACACUCAAUUCCAUUUGUUACCUGACAAAAUAAAAAGGGAGAGACUCUUGAAGAGCAAUCGUUCUGAUCAGAUAGAAGUCGGUUAUCGAGCCAAUGCCAUUGCCAGUCUUUUUGCUUGGACUGGUGCACAAGCUAUGUAUCAAGGAUUCUGGAGCGAAGCUGAUGUUACCCGUCCAUUUGUCUCUCAGGGUGUGGUCACAGAUGGAAAAUAUUUUGCCUUCUUUUGUUAUCAGUUAAAUACUUUGGCACUCACUGCACAGGCUGAUCAGAAUAACCCUCGUAAGAAUAUUUGUUGGGGGACAGAGAGCAGGCCUCUCUUUGAAGUUAUUGAAGAUGGUGAUGUUAAAGGCUUCAGUGAUGAACUUUUGCUUCAGUUGGUCCAGUUUCUAAUGAACAGACCAGAAGAAUACAGAUCACAACUAUCAUAAAUACUUUCAGAAUACUUAGACUUCACUGAAUGUAAAAUAAAUCAAUUAUGAUUUGGGAUAAUUGUUAAUGUAAAGACCUGGAAUAAAUUUUAGAAAUAUUU